AUGAAUAAAUCUCAGGUACAAUAUUGUACUCGCUAACAUAAAGCAGGGCAAGAGAGAAUAAUCUCAAUUUGCAUGAAUAAACAUUGCCAAAUAAGAUUAGCUUGUAGCUAUUGUUAUUAAGAUUAUCAUUUAAAUCAUGUUUAAGAUUUGAUAACUAUAAAAGAAUUCGAAUCUUUAGCAUUAAAUACUUAUAAUGAAUAAAAGCAUUUCGAAUUUAUUAGUUUGAUAGAUGAAAAAGCAAAAAUCUUGUAAAAUUUGAAAAACAAAUUACAUGAAUAUGUUUCUCAUUUGGAAGCAGAAUUUAAUUAGGAUUGUGAUAAUUUAAUAUAGAGCUUUGUUUAUAUUUAAAAUACUUUGCUUAAAUUAUGUCAUUGUCAUGAACAUUCAAUAAAAGAAGAAGAAUUGUUGACAGUGAUUAAUAGAUUUAGUAAUGUGGAAUAUAAUUAGAUUAAACAAUCAAUUAUGGUAUAAUUGAAUAGACCUAUUGAAUGCAUAAUGAAAUUACAUGAUAUUAUUAGUAAUGAAUGUAAAAUGAUUUAAAGGAAGAAAUUUAUAAAUACUUACAUUUAAGACAAAGAAUUAAAGAAUUUUUAUUUAGAAAAUGUAUUAGAUUAUAAAUUGGCACCUAAAAAACAUUCUUUGAUUAGAGGAUCUAUGUUUACAAAAGAAUUUAUGGAAUUUGAAGAAAAGAAUAAAUAUUAUUAUGGUGAAAUUCAUAAAGGAAUACCUAAUGGAUAAGGUUUACUUAUUGAAAUAAAGGAUUAAAAGAUGGAGGAAGGAAUUUGGAUAGAGGGUCAUUUAUCAUGGGGAUAAAGAUCAAUAUAAUUGAAAGGAGUUGCUUCACUUGUGUGUGGAGAAAUGAUUGAUGGAGUAAUUAAUGGUUUAGGAAAAUUAAUUUGUAAAGAUGGCGAUUCGUAAUUUAAAUUAAGUUAUAUCUAAUAGUUAUACAGGAGAAUGGAUCAAUGGAUAGAAACAUGGAAUUGGAAUAUAUAAAUAUGCAAAUGGUGACAUGUACAAAGGAGAAUUUAAAUUUGAUUUAAAGGAUGGAUAAGGUACAUAUAAAGCUCAUAAUGGUGAUAUUUAUAUUGGUUAAUUUGAAAAAGGGAUAAAAAAUGGAGAUGGAAAAUAUAUAUCUAAAAAUUAAGAUGUAUAUCUUGGAAAAUUUAAAGAAGACAAAAUAGAUGGAGAUGGAACAUAUAAAUAUCAUGAUGGCAAAAUGUAUAUUAAAAUAUAAUUUAGAGUAGCCAAAAAGGAAUGCAUAAAAAUGGUCAUCCUAUUGGUGUACAUAUGAUUUAUAAAAAUGAUUAACAUCAUCCAAUUCAAUAAAUUACAUAUGAUGAUAAAGGAAAUGUAAUUGAAACAAUAAAUUUAUAAAAAUAAUGA